CGGCCCGCCCUCCUCGCCGCCUGGCCCGCCCGGCCUUGGGGGAACAUGGCGCUCGUCCCCUGUCAGGUGCUGCGGGUGGCCAUCCUGCUGUCCUACUGCUCCAUCCUGUGCAACUACAAGGCCAUCGAAAUGCCCUCGCAUCAGACCUACGGAGGGAGCUGGAAAUUCCUGACGUUCAUUGAUCUGGUCAUCCAGGCUGUCUUCUUCGGCGUCUGCGUGCUAACCGACCUCUCCAGUCUUCUGACUAGAGGAAGUGGUAACCAAGAGCAAGAAAGACAGCUCAAGAAGCUCAUCUCGCUCCGGGAUUGGAUCUUGGCUGUGUUGGCCUUUCCUGUUGGGGUUUUUGUUGUAGCGGUAUUCUGGAUCAUUUAUGCCUAUGACAGAGAGAUGAUUUACCCGAAGCUGCUUGAUAAUUUUAUCCCAGGGUGGCUGAAUCAUGGAAUGCACACGACAGUUCUGCCCUUUAUAUUAAUCGAGAUGAGGACAUCCCACCAUGCAUAUCCCAGCAGGAGCAGCGGACUCGCUGCCACAUGUACCUUCUCCGUGGGCUAUAUAUUAUGGGUGUGUUGGGUGCAUCACGUAACGGGGAUGUGGGUGUACCCUUUCCUGGAACACAUUGGCUCGGGAGCCAGAAUCAUCUUCUUUGUAUUUACAACCAUCUUAAUGAACUUUUUGUACUUGCUGGGAGAAGUUCUGAACAACUAUAUCUGGGAUACACAGAUAAGUAUGGAAGAAGAGAAGGAGAAGCCUAAAUUGGAAUGAGAACUAAAUCUAAGUGGAAGAGCUUGACUGAGACUCCCUUGAAGAUUCAUUUUCCCCUGGGCAUUGGCAACACAGGAGCAGAGCGGAAGCUUCAAAAAAUGCAGUGGAAGACACCUCCACCCCUGCCCCAGGGGAAGACAACUUUUAUAAGGAAACAUAUAUAAUAGAAUAUAGGUGUUUCCAAAAUUACUUGCCUUCACUAUGUUUUAAAGAAUUAUUUCCAAAUUUAUUAUUUGUGAUAACACCAAUUUUUCUUUUUUUCUCUUUUCUAGUUUUUAACUAAAAUUGAUCAUUGGUAUUUAAGUCUUGCAGUUGUAAUUCCAUUUAAUCAAGGAAGAAUAAAAUUCUAUUGCAUUUCUUGUUUGCUUUGUGAAAAGCAAAAGGCAGGUGUAAAGCAAGGCACUGGUGUAUCUAAGUCCUACAGGUGGCUGGAAUAGUGAAUCUGGACCACAGGGUAAACCCAGAGGAACUGUGAAUGUUCCAUAUUGCUAGAAUGUCACAGUUUGCCUCAAACAGGCAAUGUUAGUAAUAAUUACAUCCAUUUAGUCUAAACCCAAGUCUGUUUGGAUCUCAUGAUUUAACCUUGUGAAUGUUUUCCUAGAUGCAAACUAUAAUUUUAAUGAGAAUCAGCCACUCUGAUCUGACGUCUGGAUGGCACAUCUCAAAACCCUAACUGCAUUGAUGUCUCCUUCCUUGUUUUGUUUCUCUUACCAGUCCAAACUGGGUUUACUGAAGGUAGUACUUACAAGUUUCUAGUUUUAAAAAUGUGCAUCUUUUCGAUAAAUCCAAAAAAGAAUAAUAUUGGGGAGGGGGAAAAUGCUAAUUUAUAAAAUCUUUCAUCAUAAUUAUUUUUAAAAUAGAAUAUAGAACGUAUAUAAAUCAAAAUACAUUACUUAACAUAAAUAUGGAUGUUAAUUGUCCAUGCCGAGAGAGAUCAACAAUGUAAGACCAUUCACUCCAAAAAUUAUAAUGCAUUUUAAUUGUAAUACAAUUUAAGAUACACUAGAAACAAAUCUCUGUCUGUCUGUCUCUCUUUUAUGUGCAUAUAUAUGUACAUUCUCUUUCUUUUCUUGUUUAUAGCCACUUCCCAAGUGAGUCUGAUUAUUCCCAUUGGCAACUUCCAAAGUCCCAAAACUCACCUAAAGGAGGAGAGAAAUAGUUCUAGGAUGCUACUGAUUAUCUUACAGAUAAUUCAAAAAGAUAUACUUGAAUAAUAAAUGCAUGUAUAAUUUACAGUACAGAUAUCCAAUAUUUAGCACACUAAAUUAUUAAAAUUUUCAAACUGAAGGAGAAAAUUUUGGUUAAUAACUAUGACUGUCAAAAACAACACAUAUCAUAACAUAAUACUGUGAAAGAACACUAGCCAAACAGAUCUGUUGUGUCGAUCAAUAUAAAUGGGCUUGGCUCACAUAUUGAAAAGAAAAAGAUUUUCAGACUAGAUCACAAAGAAAAUUCCACUUUGUGCUAUAUAUUAAAAACACACAUAAAAUGAAGUAAUUAUAAAAGAGUGAAAAGAAUAUAAUCAAAGUACACCUGAAAAAUUUAGACGACAAGAAAUAAGGGUUGUUAUUUUAAUCUGAGGCAAUGUGCAUAUCUGUUCCAAUUUCCUCCUGGUGAACCCACCCACUCCCAAUUGGUUAUCAAUGCAGAAUAUAGCUAUCAGAAUCAUUACACUGGCUCUCAAGUUCAUGGAGUUAAGAACUAUUAUGUAGGCCAGCAGAACACACUGAGAAGAACAAGAGAAUUAGCACAGUUUUGGAAUAACUGAUAUAAUUAAUGAUGCCUCAACAACUUGAAGUCUCCAGAGUUAAUGGCUCUCAUCAAAACUACAUUUAACUUAUCUGUUUGAAUUGUGUUAUGGGCUGUAUUAUGAAUUAUAGUCUCCCAAAAUUCAAACACUGAAACCCAAAUACCCAGUACAUCAGAAUGUGACUGUGUUUGGAAAUAAGACCUUUUAAGGGGUGGUUAAGUUAAAGAAAGCCAUUAAGAUGGACCCUAAUCCAAUCUGACUGGUGUUCUUCUAAGAUGGGGAAAGUUGAACACAGAGAGACACCCCAGGGAUGUGCAAGGAUACAAAAAAAAGGAUGUGUGAGCACACAGCAAGAAGGCAGCCGUCUGUAAGCAAGGAGAGAGGCCUCAGCAAAAAAACUGCUCACACUUUGAUCUUGGAUUUCUAUGUUCUAGAACUGUGAGAAAGUAAGUUGGUUAAGGCAUCUAGCUGCUAGGACUUUGGAAUGGUAAACUUAGCAAACUAAUUCAGUCUGUGUGAAAAAUAUUGAUGGAUUUUAGAGAAUACUGAUAAAUUACUGCAAAUGUAUUUAGGUGGUGACUGCUUGCAACAGCUCUUCCAGCAGAGGUAUCAUUUUUUGCUGGAAUGAAUCAAUACAAUACUGGUUAUGUGAUAUGAAGCUAUUAAAAUUUUCUUUUUACCUUGCAAAGACAGCAGCAUGCCUUCACUGCUAUCUUCUCUCAAAAUGAUUCCAUUCUGUCGCUACAUCAUAAUUUAGUCCACAGUGACCUUGGUUAUCUCGUCAUCCCACGAAGCAUUGUGCUUCUACUAUAUGGUUAUACGUACUGCUUGGACUAGUGAGCAAGAUAUAGCAAAUAUCAUGUGUGUAAUGGAUACACACAUGCAGGAUAAUGCAAUCUUACUGCUACCCUCAAAAUAUUUCUGGGAACUUCUAUUUUUCUGAAGAUUCUAGAGCUGCAUUGACCUGAGUGAGACAUGUCAAUGUGUGCCUUCUAAAAUGAAAUUGAAAUGUUUUAUCUUGCAUGCUUUGCCACUCAGAAUGAAAUGCAACACUCAUUGUGCCUUAUUAGAUUUUAAUGUCAAUAUGUAUCACAUUGAGGGUGUUGUUCUUAUCUCUACAGCACAACUAGGGAAAAAUUAAUUAGGGCAAUAAAAAUUAAAGUGAAACAGAUAAAAGUAUUAAUAGCAGAUGACAUGAUUUUAAACAUCUUACCUACCCCCCCAAAGCACCUACUCCAGAUAGGUAUUUAUUACUGCCAACAAAUCACUUCAGAGCUUAAUGGCUUAAAAGAACAACACUUAUUUUGGUAAUAAGCCUGCAACUUGAGCAGAACUUGGCACAAGGAAUUCAUCUAUGAACCACUCAGUUUCUGCUGAGGCUGCUUGAAGGGUGCCGGUUAGGUCUCUUGACUGUUUGCUCACCAACAUGCCCAACCAUUGCUACUGGCAGUUGACUGAGACCUCAGCUGAGUCUGUGACUGGAGCAACAACCGGUGGUUUUUCCAUAUGGCACCAUGGCUUUAUCACAAUGUGGUAGCUGGAUAUCCCAGCAGGUCUGGGUGACAGGUAUAUGACAUU